AUGUCAAAUAUUUUGCCGCAAAGCUGCUUGAGGCAGCUCGUACGGAGCCCUCUCCGCCAGCGCAAUCUCCCCGUCUUCCUUACACCUGCGUACCCGCAGCGGACACGAUAUUUUUCAACCACUUCCCCGACACAAUCACGAGUAGGCGGCGCUACGAUCUCGGUACCCCCAGAGGUUUCCUUGAAAUUUAUCGACCUACCCCAGACUCAAAUACGAGACCGGUCGAAGGAAAUUCCCAAGACUGCCAUUGAGGUCAAGGGUCCUUUGGGCGAAUUGACUUUAAACAUCCCCCCAUUCGUCGAGGUCGCACACGAUGCAUCGCUCCGGAAAGCAAGCUUGACCGUCCAGGACUCUUCGAUCGCCCAUCAGCGUGCCAUGUGGGGAACCACUCGGGCACAUCUGCAAAACUAUAUUCUCGGAGUCUCGGAGGGUCAUAUCUGUAUUCUCAGUCUUGUCGGUGUCGGUUACAGAGCGAGUAUCGAACCCACAGCUACCACGGUGGAACCCGAGUAUCCCGGCCAACAAUUCGUCUCUCUCAAGGUUGGAUAUUCCCACCCAAUUGAGAUGGGCGUUCCCCAGGGAGUUAAGGCGAGCACACCACAGCCAACCCGCAUCUUACUCGAGGGCGUUGACAAGAAUGUUGUCACCCAGUUCGCGGCGGAGAUCAGAGAGUGGCGGAAGCCGGAACCUUACAAGGGCAAGGGUAUCUUUGUCAAUGGGGAGACAAUCAGACUCAAGGCCAAGAAGAUUCGGUGA